AUGUUAAUAGAAGAAAUACCGAAAGGUUCAAAUGUUAAUAGUUCAACUAUAUAUUUUACUUCAUCGAUAAAUCUAAGUGCUAGAUCUAUUAAACAAAAUGAUGAUGGUGAAUCAAUAAAAAAAAAUAGAACCAAAGUUAAUUAUAAUUUAACUUCUUUAAUGAAUGCUCAAACAAAUAUAAAUCAAAAUGAUUCAAUAAAUAAUGGGCAAUUAAAAUCAUCUCAACAAAUACAAUUAGAAAGAUUAGUUUCUAAAAGAUUAAGUGAAUUAGAUUCAACAACCAAAUCUUUUGAAUUACCUAAAAAUUUUCAAUAUACUUCUAUCCAUUCAACUGGUGGUGGUGGUAAUGAUAAAUCAUCAUCAAAAAAAUCAAGAUUAGGAAAUACACCGAGUACUAAGAAAAUUUUAGCAGCUAAAAGAAAUUUAAAUUCAUAUUUUGAAGAAGAAAGAAAUUUAAUAUCAAUAAAUACUAUAUUGGGUUUAAAUUAUCAAUUUGUUGAUUUUACUGAUUUGAAUAAAAAUAAAAAUAAAAAUAAAAGAAGAAAAAUAGAAAGAAUAAGACCAAAAUUGAGACUUUGUUGUAUUUGUGGUAAUAAAUCAAAUUAUACAAGAUGUUCGCUUUGUGGUUUAUAUUAUUGCAGUGUUAAAUGUAAUAAUUUACAUCGAGAACUGAGAUGUACAUAA